CCACAACCACUGUGGCUAAGGUGAUCAAUCAUGCUUAUAUUAAUAUAUUUCGACCGUUUAAAAUGAUAAAUUUUUGGUCCCCUACACAAUUAAAGUUUGUCACUUUGCAAAAACAAGGCCACUUUAUAUUUAAAACACAUAAUUUCUUUCUUUUUCUUCAUAUAAUUUUUGUUAUUAGAGAAAAAUAAUUAAAUGGAAUCAAAUUGCUAAUCAUUCCAAGCAUGCCAGAUCAUGUGAUAUAGUCUGUCAUUGACAACCUGUUUUCCUUUCUCUCUUUUCUUUUGUGAGUAUCUGUGUGGAGUGUGGUACCCUCUUCUUCAUCUUCUUCUUCUUCUUCAAUUUUAGUAAUAAAGAAAAAAUAAAUAAAAAAAGAGUUCAGGUGGGCUAGUUGGGUUGUUGCCAACCAUAUCAUUCUUUUUCCUUUUUUAUGAUCUUCUUCUUUAUUAUUGCAAAAAACCCAUCAAACAAGCUCAAACUCUCACUUUACUAGUUCUUGAAUUUCUCAUGGCUACUGAGACUGAAGUACCCCAUGAAACUUCCAUUACUGAUGAGAAAGUUGAGCUUGAGAAUAAGGUGAAAGAAGAUAUAGUUUCUUCAUCUAAGAUUAGUGGAGCUGAGGAGUCACCUAUUCUAGCUGACCCUUCAGUUAAAUCUGAAGCUACAGAGGAAAAGCCAACUGCAGAAGAAGAAAAAUCUAAAGAUGAGAACUCACCAAUUCCAGCAGUGAUAACUGAUAAGCUUGAGGAUAAGACAAAAGAUGUUGUUCCGGAGCCAGUAAAUGAGGCUGAACUAAAAGUGGAGCCGGUAACUGAGGCUGCAGUGAAAGAGGAGCCACUAACUGAGGCUACAGUGAAAGAGGAGCCACUAACUGAGGCUGCAGUGAAAGAGGAGCCAGUAACCGAGGCUGCAAUGAAAGAGGAGCCAAUAACUGAGGCUGCAGUGCAAAAGGAGCUAGUAACCGAGGCUGUGAUGAAAGAGGAACCAGUAACUGAGGUUGCAGUGCAAAAGGAGCCAGUAACUGAGGCUGCAGUGAAAGAGGAGCCAGUAACUGAGGCUGCAGUGAAAGAUGAACCAGUAGAUGAGGCUGCAUUGAAAGUACCAGUUGUUGUGAAAGAGGAACCAGUAACUGAAGCCUUAUUGAAAGAAGAGCCAGUUGUCGAGGCUGCAGUGAAAGAAGAACUCGUAGCUGAGGCUGUAGUGAAAGAAGAACUAGUAGCUGAGGCUGCGGUAAAAGAAGAUCCAGCGGAAGUAAAAGAGGAACCAAUAACUGAGGUUGUAGUGAAAGAAGAACCAGUAACUGAGGCUAUAGUAAAAGAAGAACUAAAGGAAGAACAAAUUGAGAUUUUGGAGAAAGAGUUAGACGAGCCAUCGAAGAUGAUUAAUGUUCCUGAAUUGUCGAAUGAAGCAAUAGAGGAACCAAAGGAGAUAGUGAAUGUUGAACCUGUCAAAGAAUCAGAACCAAUAGUGAAAGAAGUUGAAAAAUCUACUGAAGAACCUAAAGUGGAGGAAAACCUGGCAAAACAAAUCAAAGUCACUGAACAAGUUGAAGAAAAGUCUUCUGUGAUUGAGCCUAAGGAAAGUGUGAAGAUUGAAACAUUAGUAAAUGAAGAGUCUCUGUCUGAUAAGAUUGAGCACUCAGUAAAAACUGAUCAUAAAGAUGAUGAGUCCAGUUUGGUCAAAGCAUCACAAGAAGUUUUGAUUGGUGACACAGAGAAGGUUGGUGCUGAGGAAGAAAAAAAGGAUCUAAGUGAAGUUCAAGAGGCUGAGAAGGAGACAGCAAAGGUUGAAGAAGAGUCUGCUGAAAAGAAAGUGGAAAUUCAUGAGAGCCAAAAAAGCGAAAUAGUAACUGAAGAUUUAACUCAACCACCUAAAGAAGAGGCUGUCACGGUUAGCACGAUUGAGGAAAGUGUUGUAGAAACAGUUGUUGCAGAGGAAGAAAAGAAGGAUUUAAACAAGAUUGAUGUUGUGGCCAACAUACCGAAAGAGGGAGGACUUGACAUAAAGAAGGAUGGAGGAGAAGAGUCUGUGGAAAAGAAAGUAGAAACUCAAGAAGAAAAGGAAAAGAAGAGUGAGGUGCCAACUGAAGUAGCUAAAGAACAAGAUGCUAGCAGUUCAACUUCUAUAGCCAAAGAUAGCGAGAAUUCAUUUCAGGUUGCUGAUAGAAAUAUUGAGUUGGUGGAGGAGAGGAUAACUGAGACACCAGCUUCAACUGAAACAAAAAAAGAGGAUAAGCAGGAUCAAAUUAUUACUAUCGCUGUUCGCGAAACACUUGAAGAAAAAUUCAGGCAAGAUGACUCUGAAGUUAAAGAGAAGAAACCAGAACAAACUGAUGCAGACAAGUCCCAGGAUGAAGUAGUUCCAAUUAUUCAUGAGCUUGUUUCAGAAUCCCAAAAAGCUGAGACUAAAGUUAAAGAUGAUGAGCCUGAUGUUUCUGUUGAAGUACCACAGAAGGCUGAGGCUGAUGUUAAAGAAAAAGAAAUUGAGAAAGCUAAUGCAGAUAAAUCCCAGGAUGAAGUAGGUUCAGAUGUUCAUGAAGUUGUUGAAGAGUCCAAGAAAGCUGAGUCUGAUAUUAAGAAAACUGAAGAAGGUACUCCAGUUGAGUUGGCAAAAGAAACAAUUGAUGAGUCUAAGCAACCUGAGGUUGAAGUUAAGGAAAAAGAGGCUGAUGAAAAGCUUGAAGUACCAAUUGAAGAGUCCAAAGUUAAAGAAGAGGAGAAGAAAACUGAAGCAAAUAAUUUGGAGAAAGAAAAAGUUGAAGACAUUGAAAAAUCUGACAAAGCUACAGAUGAAAAAGAAGUUCUAACCAAGUCCAGUCAGAAGCAGUCAAACACCAUUCUGUCAAAGGUGAAAAGUUCACUUGUUAAAGCUAAAAAAGCCAUCAUUGGGAGAUCUCCAAGCUCAAAAACACCAGCUUCUGAUGGCAAAGGGGACAUUAAAGUCAAGUAAAAGAGAAAACAAUGGUCAAGUUUAGAAAAUAUAUUGCAUGUUUAUGCAAUCUUGGACAUGCAUAAUGCAGUGGUUGGAUUUUAGUGUUGUUGAUGUU